AUGUCACUUUAAAGCGCCGAGCCGGUUGCUGACCCCUUCAGUCACAUUUCUGCAUGGUGACGGGGAGCAAUCUGGUAAAUCACCGAAUCUGCAAGGUGGCGAGGGAAAAACAAUAUUAAGGCCAGAAGAUGUGAUGUAGGCGGCUGCCAAUUAAAAUAGUCAUAAGGCACCCAAACGAAGAAAAGCGUAAUUUGAAGAAUACCGGUAGUUUGAAACUCCCUUGGCUGUGGUGAUCAGCGAAUACUAUUAAAGGACAUUUAAAAAAAUGAUCACAGUCAUUUCUUAUUUGUUUUGGUGAACCGGAGGUUUAUAACUUCGACACGAACUGAAGCUCGAAAGGGAAGACCACUCGUCCCUGUCAACUUGGUUUGAAACGUCAUGAUGAAGUGCCAUUAUGAGCUUCUGUGUGUCGAAAGAGAUGCUACGGAUGACGAUUUGAAAAAGGCCUACAGAAAAUUAGCUCUGAAAUGGCAUCCAGAUAAGAAUCUGGACAACGCAGAAGAAGCAGCAGAACAGUUCAAACUUAUCCAGGCUGCAUAUGAAGUUCUCAGUGACCCACAAGAGCGAGCCUGGUACGAUAACCACCGUGAAGCACUGCUAAAGGGUGGAGUGAGUGGAGAGUAUGAAGAUGAUAGUGUGGACCUCCUGCAGUUUUUUACUGUUACCUGUUAUUCUGGGUAUGGAGAUGAUAAUGAGGGAUUUUAUUUUGUGUAUCGAAACCUGUUUGAGACAAUUGUAAAGGAGGAACAAGAAAACAGUAAGGAAGAGGAGGAGGAGGAGUUCCCCACAUUUGGAGACUCGCAAAGUGAUUAUGACACGGUCGUCCAUCUCUUUUAUGCCUACUGGCAGAGUUUCUGCACCAGGAAGAACUUUGCUUGGAAGGAGGAGUACGACACGAGACAGGCCUCCAACCGCUGGGAGAAGCGUGCGAUGGAGAAGGAGAACAAGAAGACGAGGGAAAAGGCACGCAAGGAGAGGAACGAGCUGGUGCGGCAGCUGGUGGCAUUCAUCCGCAAACGGGACAAGCGUGUGCAGGAGCACAGGAAGCUGGUGGAGCAGCAGAACACAGAGAAGGCCAAGAAGGUAGAGGAGUUCCGCAGGCAGCAGAAACUCAACCAGGCCAAGCUUGCUGAAAACUACAAGGAGCAGAGCUGGGCUGCCAUGUCGGACCUUGAGAAGGAGCUGCAACAGAUGGAGGCUCGGUAUGAGAUGGAGUUUGGGGACAGGUCUGAGGAUGAGGGGCUAGAGAUGGGAGAAGAACUUGGUGAAAAUGCAGCAGAUGGAGCCGAGGAGCUGGUUGAAUGUUAUGAUGACCUUUACUGCCCAGCCUGUAACAAAUCCUUUAAAACAGACAAAGCCAUGAAAAACCAUGAGAAAUCCAGGAAGCACCGAGAGAUGGUGGCAUUACUACGGCAGCACUUGGAAGAGGAGGAGGAGGCCCUCAGUCAGAAUGCUGAUGAGAACAGAGAAGAGGAAAAGGAGGAAGAGGAGGAGGAGGAGGAGGAAGUGGUGGGGACGCCGAGACAAAAACUCUCUAAAAAGCAGAAAAAGAAAAAGAGGCAACAGAAAGCAAUGCAAAACUGUCCAGAAAGCUUAGUUGAAGUGGCAACUGCCCAGGAAUCUUUUGACAGUAAGACAAACUCUGAGGAUAAAGAAGAAAUGGCAGCCCAAGAAGAAAGGUCUGACCCAGCAGAAAAGCUGGUGGAUGAAAAAGCAUCCCAAGAAACAGAUGAGGUAGUGGAGAAUGAGCAGGAGGCAAGCACAUCCAGAGCUGCUCCAAUAAGUUCUGCUACAACCAAAGGAAAGAAGGGAAAGGAUUCAAAAAAGGGCAACCAGAUGCGUGCAGCCACUGAUCAGCAACCAGAGAAGGAGGCACAACUGCGCUGCGUUACCUGUCACAAUGAGUUUUCAAGCAGGAAUAAAUUAUUUGACCACCUACAGACAACAGGCCAUGCAAUUGCACUGCAUCCACAUUCCUCUAUUAGCAGACCCACAUCUGGCAAGAGCAAAAAGGAGAAACGGAGAAACAGAUAACGUGUGAAGCACCGAGUAAAAACUGAAUCACGCAGUGACACUAGGUUUUAAAAAAAGUAUGCACGGGAUACAGGAUCCCUGCAGAAGACUAAGUACUAAAACUUUUCCUAGGAGAAACCAAAGCUAUACCUUAUUGGCUAUUUAAGGACUUUUUUUAUUCAAACAGCUGCUGAGGAGAGCAACUAUACUUUUUCAUUCUGAUCAUACUGAGCGUUAACAUUUCCUUUUCUUCUGCAGCUGAGAAGAAAAUGAUACUCAGUCUUGUUUUUGCCCCAGUGCUUGUGGGAAUCAGGGUUGGAUACUGUACUUAAAAAUAAAAAAAGGAUAUAAUAAUUACUUUGACUGGGCUGAGAAAUAAACCCUACAUUAACAUAAAAAUGAAGUCUUAUUGGUUUAAAACAGUUCUUAAAUCAUAAUUCUAUUUUCACAGCAGCAAAAAAAGUGGCAUACUGUCUGCCUUUCUAAACCUCUACAUUCUGUGGCUCUCCCCUAGCCCGAGAAGAACAUAAAUGCAACAGAAUGAUACCAAGGAAAGUUACGCUCAUGAAUGGGAUGGUUUUACAUUACCUUCGCAGCUCAGAACUAUCGUGUGCUGUUGAGCAUUGUUCACAAUAUUGAAUGUAAGCUUUUUUUGUGGUGACUAUUUCCACAUGUAUUUUCCAGUAAGCUUUACCCAGAAAAUAUUUGCUUCUGUAAUACAUUUGCUUAAAGGAAACUCCCUACUUGUAAGCAUCACAUAUACAUUUAUAUAUAUAUAUAUAUAUAUAUAUAUAUAUAUAUAUAUAUACACACACACACACACACUUUUGAAUGUGAUGUUUUUUUUUUUUAUCUAAACAAAUAAUGCAUCAAAUUUUGGUCAAAUUGCCAAUUAUUUUGGUGUGCAAAGAUAAUUACCGGGUUUUAGAUGUAAGUUUAUUAUUAUUAUUAUUAUUUCACAGAUUUGAUGGAUUGAUAAUGAGUUAUGGUAGUGCCAGAUGUAGAGGUUUCUGAUUUUGCAAACUAAUCAUUAUAAAACAUUUACAAAAUUUAUAAAAUGCAAACUUACUUGAAGGAUAGUAGUUAUUAAAUAAAACAAUAGUUGCGUCCAGUGA